AUGCUUUCCUCGUGGGACCAGAGUGGCCGUCUCAGCUUACAGCUAGGGCUUCGAGGAUAUCGCCAAAGCGAGAAGGCCGCACCGGAACCAAACACUUACUAUGCAGAGUACGCCGGAUCACAUGUCUGCACCUACCAAAAUGGCGAAGCGAAGUCAGUUCCCCCAUACCGGGCGCGAUUUAUUGGGAAAAAUUUAGCAAAUGUUCUGUGCAUUGAUAAACUAUUCUUCCUGAACCGGCCCCGGGGUCGGCAUCAUCGAAUCUGGGCGGGAGCAGCGCAAACAAUUAUCGAACACUGUCCAACCAUCACUACACUACACCUGAAUUUCAAUGAACGGGUUCGCCCUGACUUUUGGCUGUAUAUGCGGGCACGCCGUGACGCGAUAUCUUCUCUAAUCGGAGCUAUUCCAAAAAGCUUGCGGAUAUUCACCUAUACCGGUGAAUGUGAAAGGCCAUGGAAAGAUUGGAUGCCUGUCCCGAAUGUUAUCCCUUUUACCAUUGAUAGCUUGGCAAUCAAUCUGAGAGACCUCAGCACCUGCCUUCGGGAACUCAGAUUGGAAAGUGUUAUCCUUCCACUUGACUUCAUGUGGCCUUUGAAUGACGAUGGCCAUUCAAUACCCGAAAGAGACUCCUUGUGGUGGCCGCAUCUGGAGAUAUGGGAGGCGUAUUCUAUGCCCUCCUGGAGUCCUUCAGAUGCCAAGGAGCAGGCAGAAAUCGACCAGAUUGGCGACUGGGACCUCGAGAUAUGCCACGGUAAAGUAGACGUCAAGCGAUCGAUACCGGUCGAAGAUCAAUUCCACCGACUUUUAAUAUCACUAGGCUAA